CUCUGCCAGUGUAGGAAUAAUGGUUACCGUCUGGAAUUUCAAGACAAUUUAUCUCCUCACUGUUGCUUUUAUAUGGAAAUCUGUCAAUGCAAACUGCCUGCACAGACCCCAGGGAGCAAACUUCUCUUUCCAGCCAGUCUGUAUGUCUUCCAAGCCAUGGAAUGAACAGUUUUUUGCCCUGGACAGUACAGUCAACAUACCAUGUUACAACGAACCAAGGAAACAGAUUAUUUACAACAUCUGGAAUCUGAAAAUGAAAGCAAAUAACUGCUGCAUUGCUUGGCAUUUCAAUGAAAGUCAGAUUGACACCUGCAAAGAUGGAAAAGUGUUGAGAAAUGGAACAAGUGGACAACCCUUUUUGUACAUUCCUCGCUUUACACGUGAAGAUGAGGGAAUCUAUUUUUGUGAGACUGCAUACUUGGGAGGGUGUCACACAGCUAAAAUCCAAGUAUCUGCAAAGAUCCGUCCAGAGAUCUCUGGGAAGUUGGUGCUACAUCAUGACAGGAAAGUGGCUGUGUGCUCGGCUGCUGGAGGUAAACCUGCAGCCACUAUCUCCUGGAGCACCAUAGAAAAUGUGAGCGACCACCACACCGCCACACCAAACCUCGAUGGCACCUUUACUGUAGAGAGACGCUUGGUCCUAUCCAACAACGUUUCCCACAGCAACUUGACAUGCAUCGUCACUCACCCUAGCUUGGGAGAGGCACACAUGGAGAAGAUCCUACCUUCAGAAGAUGCAGUUCCAUGGAAAUGGAUUGGAGUCUCCCUGGCUUCCACGGGCCUUAUAGCUUUUAUGCUUACUGGAUUUUUUCUGGCACGGAAACACUUCAGCAAUUUUAGUACUUUACUCCAGCGCUGCUGCAAGUUCCAUAAUCAACUGCCGGCAGAGUCACAGAAGAAACAGGAUGGAGAAGAAAUGGAACUGUGUUCUAGCUACGUGCAACGUGUGAACUCCAUCUACAAGUCCUCAGCCGAUCUGUGCAACUACUGAAACGCCUUCAGAAGCAGCCAGGGUGCACCGACGGUUCACUACCGAGAAAUUCAACCGCCGUGAGAAAGAAAAGGAAAUCCGCCACAACGUAGGAUAUCUUGAGGCUGUUCAUGGAAGGACUUGCAAGCAUGUAGCUGUGGUGUUUUGUGCAGAAAACAAAGAGUGACGCACAGGGUUCCAUCUCAAGGCAAAGACAUGCUGUCGGGGCUCAGGCCGCGUUCCUCUGCGAUCCCCAGCGUCUCAGAUCUCACUGUCUGAGAGGGCAAAGGGAAAUGGACCUUUUGCAGAGCAAAACAAAAUGGGUGAUGAGUCAAGAGGAAAAACAGCAAGUUUCUCAAGUAAACUGUCAUGACCCACUUUGACUAUUCAUUUUCAUUGCUAAAAAAGCUGAGGUUAAACUUCAGUCUAAACCCUAAAUUAUACUGUGACUUUCACAUCUUUAU